CGCAGGGUGCGCUCGGAUCUGGAGCCGGAGCCCGGAGGGGGCGCUGCGCGGGGCCCUGAGCCCGACCUCUGCACGCCCAGCCUCCUGUUCAUUCCUCCUGCCUCCUUGCUCCUCCCUGCGGUGGCCGACAAUGACUGCCGUGAUCAACGUGGAUGCCCUUCCAGAAUAUGAGAAGAGUCAGAUCAAACGAGCCCUGGAGCUGGGGACGGUCAUGACGGUGUUCAGCUUCCGCAAGUCCACCCCUGAGCGCAGGACUGUCCAGGUGAUCAUGGAGACGCGGCAGGUGGCCUGGAGCAAGACUGCGGACAAGAUCGAGGGCUUCUUGGACAUCAUGGAAAUCAAGGAGAUUCGCCCAGGGAAGAGCUCCAAGGACUUCGAGCGCGCAAAAACUGUCCGCCACAAGGAAGACUGCUGCUUCACCAUCUUUUAUGGCACCCACUUCGUCCUCAGCACACUCAGUUUGGCAACUGACUCCAGAGAGGAUGCAAUUAGGUGGCUCUCAGGCCUGAAAAUCUUGUACCAAGAAGCAAGGAGCGCGUCGACGCCCACCAUCAUUGAGAGUUGGCUGCGAAAGCAGAUUUACUCAGUAGAUCAAACCAGAAGAAACAGCAUCAGCCUCCGAGAGUUGAAGGCCAUCUUACCCCUGGUCAACUUCAAAGUGAGCAGUGCCAAGUUCCUCAAAGAUAAGUUCGUGGAGAUUGGCGCACAUAAAGAUGAGCUCAGCUUUGAACAGUUUCAUCUCUUCUAUAAAAAACUUAUGUUUGAGCAGCAAAAACUGAUUCUUGAUGAAUUCAAGAAGGAUUCCUCUGCCUUCCUCCUGGGGAACACUGACAGGCCCGAUGGAUCAGCCGUUUACCUGCAGGACUUCCAGCGGUUUCUAGUACAUGAGCAGCAGGAGCUGUGGGCUCAGGAUCUGAACAAGGUCCGGGAGCGCAUGACGAAGUUCAUCGACGACACCAUGCGGGAGACCGCCGAGCCCUUCCUGUUUGUGGACGAGUUCCUCACGUACCUGUUUUCCCGAGAAAAUAGCAUCUGGGAUGCGAAGCACGACGUGGUGGACAUGCAGGACAUGAACAACCCGCUGUCCCAUUACUGGAUCUCCUCGUCCCACAACACGUACCUCACAGGUGACCAGUUGCGCAGCGAGUCGUCCACGGAAGCAUACGUCCGCUGCCUGCGCAUGGGCUGCCGCUGUAUUGAGUUGGACUGCUGGGACGGGCCUGACGGAAAGCCGAUCAUCUACCAUGGCUGGACGCGGACCACUAAGAUCAAGUUCGACGACGUGGUGCAGGCCAUCAGAGACCACGCCUUCGUCACCUCGAGCUUCCCUGUGAUCCUGUCCAUCGAGGAGCACUGCAGCGUGGAGCAGCAGCGGCACAUGGCCAGGGUGUUCAAGGAGGUGCUGGGCGACCUGCUGCUGACCAGGCCCACAGAAGCCAGCGCUGACCAGCUGCCCUCGCCCAGCCAGCUGCGGGAGAAGAUCAUCAUCAAGCAUAAGAAGCUGGGCCCCCGAGGUGACGUGGAUGUGAACAUGGAGGACAAGAAAGACGAGCACAAGCAGCAGGGGGAGCUGUACAUGUGGGACUCCAUCGACCAGAAGUGGACUCGGCACUACUGCGCCAUUGCGGACGCCAAGCUGUCCUUCAGCGACGACAUUGAGCAGGGUGUGGAGGAGGAACUGGCCCAGGACCUCCCACCCAUGGAGCUGCACUUGGGGGAGAAAUGGUUCCACAAGAAGAUGGAGAAGAGGACGAGUGCGGAGAGGCUGCUGCAGGAGUACUGUGCCGAGGCGGGUGCCAAGGACGGCACCUUCCUGGUGCGGGAGAGCGAGAGCCACCCAAACGCCUACACCCUGUCCUUCUGGCGGUCGGGCCGCGUGCAGCACUGCCUGAUCCGCUCCGCUGUGGAGAAUGGGGCCAUGAAGUACUACCUGACCGACAACCUCAAGUUCAGCAGCAUCUACGACCUCAUCCAGCACUACCGCGAGUCACACCUGCGCUGUGCCGAGUUUGAGCUGCGGCUCACCGACCCUGUGCCCAACCCCAACCCGCAUGAGUCCAAGCCGUGGUACUAUGACGGGCUGAGCCGCGGGGAGGCGGAGGACAUGCUGAUGCGGAUUCCUCGAGAUGGAGCCUUUCUCAUCCGGAAGCGCGAAAGGAAGCAGGACGGGCUGGAGGACUCCUACGCCAUCACCUUCAGGGCCAAGGGCAAGGUGAAGCACUGUCGCAUUAACCGGGAUGGCCACCACUUCGUGCUGGGUACGUCUGCCUACUUUGAGAGCCUGGUGGAGCUCGUCAGCUACUACGAGAAGCACACCCUCUACCGGAAGAUGCGGCUGCGCUACCCUGUGACUCCUGAGCUCCUGGAGCGCUACAGCAUGGAAAGAGACAUAAACUCCCUCUACGAUGUGAGCAGGAUGUAUGUGGAUCCGAGUGAGAUCAACCCUUCCAUGCCUCAGAGAACGGUGAAAGCUCUGUAUGACUACAAAGCCAAGCGCAGUGAUGAGCUGAGCUUCUGCCGUGGCGCCCUCAUCCACAACGUCUCCAAGGAGCCGGGGGGUUGGUGGAAAGGAGACUAUGGCACCCGAAUCCAGCAGUACUUCCCGUCCAACUAUGUGGAAGACAUCUCCACAGUGGAGGGGGAGGAGCUGGAGAAGCAGAUUAUUGAAGAUAACCCCCUAGGGUCUCUCUGCAGAGGAAUAUUGGACCUCAACACCUAUAACGUUGUGAAAGCUCCACAGGGGAAAAACCAGAAGAAUUUUGUGUUCAUCCUGGAGCCCAAGAAACAGGGUGACCCUCCAGUGGAGUUCGCCACUGACAGAGUGGAGGAGCUCUUUGAGUGGUUCCACAGCAUCCGGGAGAUCACCUGGAAGAUCGACACCAAGGAGAACAACAUGAAGUAUUGGGAGAAGAACCAGUCGAUCGCCAUUGAGCUCUCCGACCUGGUUGUCUACUGCAAGCCAACCAGCAAAACCAAGGACAAUUUAGAGAACCCUGACUUCCGUGAAAUCCGCUCCUUCGUGGAGACAAAGGCUGACAGCAUCAUUAGACAGAAGCCUGAGGAGCUCUUGAGAUACAACCAGAAGGGCCUGACCCGCGUCUACCCGAAGGGACAGAGGGUCGACUCUUCAAACUACGAUCCUUUUCGCCUGUGGCUGUGUGGCUCUCAGAUGGUGGCACUCAAUUUCCAGACCGCAGACAAGUACAUGCAGAUGAACCAUGCGUUGUUUUCACUCAAUGGGCGGACGGGCUACGUCCUGCAGCCGGAGGUCAUGAGGACGGGGAAGUACGACCCAAUGCCACCGGAGUCACAACGCAAGAUCCAGAUGACUCUCACCAUCAAGGUCCUUGGCGCACGCCACCUACCCAAGCCUGGACGAAGCAUUGCUUGUCCCUUUGUAGAGGUGGAAAUCUGUGGGGCAGAGUACGACAACAACAAGUUCAAGACAACAGUUGUGAAUGACAACGGCCUCAAUCCUGUCUGGGCUCCAACACAGGAGAAGGUGACAUUUGAGAUCUAUGACCCCAGCCUCGCGUUUUUACGCUUUGUGGUUUAUGAGGAAGACAUAUUCAGCGAUCCCAACUUCCUCGCUCAUGCCACUUACCCCAUUAAAGGGAUAAAAUCAGGGUUCCGAUCUGUUCCUCUGAAGAAUGGGUACAGUGAGGACAUCGAGCUGGCUUCCCUCCUGGUUUUCUGUGAGAUGCGGCCAGUCCUGGAGUGUGAGGAGGAACUCUACUCCUCCUGCCGGCAGCUGCGACGGAGGCAAGAGGAGCUGAACAACCAGCUAUUUUUAUAUGACACACAUCAGAACUUGCGCAAUGCCAACCGGGAUGCCCUGAUCAAAGAGUUCAACGUCAAUGAGAACCAGCUCCAGCUAUACCAGGAGAAGUGCAACCGAAGGUUGCGAGAGAAGAGAGUCAGCAACAGCAAGUUCUAUUCAUAGAAGCUGGUGUACAUGUGCACAGAUGUGGUGUGUACAAGGAGAAGACUGUGCUCUGUUCCAGCCCUUGUAAGAGACUACUGAGUGACAGUGUGCUCUCUCUCAGUCUGCCAUCAAGAUGAUGUGUGCAUGGACCCAAAGGGCACAAGUUGGGUUAACUUCCUGCUAGGUCUUUUUUUUUUUUUUCUUUUUUUUUACUUUGGACAAUUUCUUAACUUAAAUUCUUUAUAGAGGACCAAAAAAUGAGCUCCUCAUGAUGGCCCCUCAUGUCCCAAACCUCACUAAAUAAAAGCAGAAGAAAUCUCAGUUAAGCUGUUUAUGCAUGACCUAUACAGUGAAUAGGUUUUUUCUUUUUUUUUUUUUCUGGUUCACAAGAUUCUGCUAAUGGCCCAAGAUUCAGUAACUGACUUCCACAGAAGAUGAGCCGGGAAUGUAAGGAACUAAUUCAUUCAGUUUCAAAAAGGAUUUGAACUAAAAGGCAAAUGAUUCCAAAACUAAAGCCCUGGAUUCCACAAGGGUCCAAAGAGAAGACGUGCCUGGUCAGUGGGCUCAAGUUCAUUGUGUGUUAAUUCCCAUCUGCUGGCCAGCUGCCUGACUGGUCAGACCUCCUGCAUGGACCCGCUGGAGUACACAAUAAAUGGUUGAGUGGUGGAAUUUGAUCAGUAGGACAAUUUCUAAUCACUGUUGGAGGUUUGUUUUGUGAGUGGCAUUAGUGGCAGUGCUGUGGAGAUCUUGGGAUCUUGGCUCUAAAAACGAGUCAGAGACUAGAAAGUGCUGUAGGCCCGCCCCUUGCCCCUGCUCUCUGUGCUAGAAGGCUCUGCAGCCUCUGUCCCCAGUGCCCUGUUGCCAAGCUGGGAGCCUGGGGUCCACAAAGAAGAGGCGUGCAGAGGAAACUCUGGGCUGCACGAUGUUCUUGAGCAAGGAUGACGCUCAGUAGCUCAGGGGAGUGCUGGCAAAACUUUCAGAGACUGAGUGCCCGCACUGCAACCCAAAACCCACUUAUUAUGGCACAGGGCAAGCCCUGCAAUAAAGCUGAGCACUGAGGUUUCAGUUUUGAAAAAAUAACUCGUGCAUUAACAACUUUUGCCUUAAAAGAAGAACACAGAGGGGCUGGGGAGA